UUUAAAUAAUGAGGGCCAUUUUCCUUUAGAAAAAGGGCAUACCUUACCGCUCCAUUUUAGUUUGGACCUUUUAGGCCCAAACAGUGAAGAGUAAAAAAGAACCCACAUUCUCAUCAGAGCUAACUAAACAAGGGGGGAAGAGAGGUUCGUUAAUGGAGAUUUUUCUGCAGGCAGCAAUUUUGUUAUUGACACUCGCCAUUCUCUUCGCAAUUCGAUAUGUUCCCAAACAAACCGGAACCAAGCAUCGAACCGACCAUCGGGGUGCGACCCAGACCCAACGCCAUCUCACACGAGCUACCUACUUGCUUUCUCGAGCCAAAUCCAACCCUCACGAAGACCAAUCCCAAACCCUAGCCAAAACCGCCAUGACCGAAAUCGAAAAGGCCCUUUCUCUUUCCCCAAAAGACCCAACUCCUCACCUUCUCAAAUCCCUAGCUCUCGAUUUAUUGGACCACAAGGGAUCCGCACUCAGAUCGCUCGAUUUGGCGUUGGCUUCGCCGCGCGUGAAGUCACUCUCGGAGAGGGAGCGCGUGGAGGCAAUGGUGAGGAGGGCAGAGUUGAAGUUGGCGGUCAAUAAAAGAAGGCGAGUUGAUUCAGCGGUUAGGGAUUUGGAGGAGGCUGUUAGGAUGAGUGAUCAACAGGGCGCGAUCAUAACCAAGGCGUUUUGUUUGUUGGGCGAGUGUUAUGAGUUUAAAGGAAUGAAGGAAGAAGCCAGGAACGCUUUGCAGGAGGCGCUUAAGCUGGAGCCCGGGUCAAGCGUGGCUCAUCAGGGCUUGGGGCGCCUGAGUUUGUCAUGACUCAUUUUUUUUCUUUCUUCCUAUUUUUUCCCGAAUGAUGUAAAAAUAUUUGUGUUGCGUAUGUAAAUUUUCUUUUCUCAAGAAAAUGGGAUGGAUUGCCCGUUUCAGCAGGUCUCAUCUUAACAAUUGAAGAUAGUUUACAAAUUCCAGCAUCCUAAUAUUCAAAAAUAUAACCUUUAGCCUUCAAAACAAAAAACCUCCUGCCUUAAUCCUACUCCUGCCAAGGAAAGACGGUAGAUCAGGUUGUGAUGGUCAGAUUAUGGGGUUCAGCUGGGAGCAUGGCGCCUCUUGCUACUACUGUUAAGCUGAAUUGCAAA